AUGAAGUCCACAAUAUCUGUACUUAUUGAGGAGCUAGGCUCGUUGCAGGCCUCCAAUACUACUAAUAUACAUGACCCAUCGCCAGAGGGUGUACCUUUUGUUCCUGGAUCGGCGCCUGGCUUGUCCAAUGGGGAAAUUUGCUUGGAUGACGUCCCUAGAUUUCUAUACCGGACCUAUUCACGCAAGUCGCAAGGCCGAAACGACGACAUCUGGGUGGCUUCCAAAGACGCAGCAGAGCGGCCCGCCGCGGCCACAAACCGGACCGAUAUCCUCCUCCGAAGCGGCGACAAGGUGGCCGCAGACCUAAACCGACACGCCCGUUGGUGGCCCAGGACUCGGGCGCGGGCACGUCGAACGGAAAAGUGCAAUCUUGUAUCGUGGACGAGCUCGCUUCUCUUUGCACUACGCAUGAUAUACUUUCGACAUCGAAGCAGCCGGGAUGGCUCCAAACUGGAAGACAUUUGGCUCCAUGUGGUUGAUACGAGCAAGUUUCCAAGCGGCACCUUUGUCCGAGACGCCUAUCUCUACGCUCGAUACGCAGAAUUCGAUGCAGGGCCCGGGGAUACGCUGGGAGACUUGAAUGAGACUCACUCCUCGAGCGAGUUUUACUUUGGCGAGUACUUUUCCCAGGGUGCCCUCAAAGUCCAAGACAGAGGCUGCGCAGUAUCUGCCAAGGAGAUGGAGCAGGCAGGGCUCCUGAAACUGGGACUAGCUCUCAAUCAAGGGAUGGGACUGGCAAACUGGGUGGUUCUCAAAAGGCAAAGAUGGCUUCGCAGCUCAGGACGUGACAUGUCCACCCAAGAGUUGGAUAUGGCCGUCAACAUCGCAUUGCUUUUUGACGACUAUGAACUUCCCAUGGCAGCUGCAUUUUUGGCCCUAAGAGCAUGGCCGAGGAAUCAAAUCAAGAUCAUCCUCAGUCGGUUGUGCUCCGUCACUGUCCGGUGCAGGCAAGAUGUCACUGAGCUUCUUGAUGUGUCUCCUAAAAUCGAGGGCUCUUACAGACAUCUGGAUGACAAGAUGCCGGAGCUCAAGCAAUUUGAAAAGAUCAUGUCAAUGGUCGCGCUCCAGCUGCCGGCUCUUUACGCCAAGAGAUUGAUCGACUUUACAUCGCAGAGUCUCUCCUCUCUCGAAGAAAACAUUGCUGCGGAUGGCAGCAUGACUUCAAAACCGACCGACAUGUCAACACUACCCUCAGAGGACUGGUUGCCAGAAAAGAUCACAAAAGAGGAAUUAGAGACCAUCUUCCUUCGCGAGGUGCUGAAGCUGGGCGAGGGACUUAGGAAUCUCAGAGAAAAGUACGAGCGGGAUGUUGCACAGGCGUCGGAAUAG